AUGCCGUGGUACAUCAACCCUCUGCACCCCUCUCCUCCCUGCGCCAGCAGUCGCCAACAGCUCCGAGUCGUCCCCCUCGUCCUCUAUUGGUUCGCUCGCGCCAUCUUUUGCUACGUCGUCUUGCCUGUGUGGUCAACUUCCCGUCUGAGCGGCCUCUCUGCCACACCACAUAUCCGAAAGAAUCUCGCCAUCUGCAACGGCUUGCUGCUUCUGGCCCAGCCCCAUCCCACAUUCCACUACGGGGAUUUUCGUUCUGCGCCGCAAUAA